CAUUUGGGUUAAAUUAUUCGUGAGAAGUAAAAAUGACGAUAUUGCGGACAUUCUAAUCCAAGAAUAGACGGAUUGUUACAAAGUUAGAGCCGCUGAGACUGCGACAAACAAGAACCAAAGUUCCUUGAUCCCGCCCAUCGAGAUUGCUCCGGUCACGGUCGAUAAGGUGGCAUCACCUUGUCAUGCUGAUGAAUAUGGGAGAUGACGGGAACGACGUCAAAAGAGUCGUGAUCUCCGAGGACGACCUCAUGUCCAUCAACAAGGAGGCUCUGCUCAAGAUAUGGAAGAGGCAGGAGAAGUACAUCACUUCACUGGAGCAAAAACAUCUGGCAGAAGUGAAAGAUCUGGAGGCGAAACUGCAGACGGCCCUCCACGAUAGUCAGAGGAAGGAGGACCUCAUGGUGAUGAGAUUAAAUGCCAAAGAGCAGGAGCUGCAGGACUACAUGAACCAGAUCAGCGAGAUGAAGUCGUCCAGCGCCAACUCUGCCGUGCGGAACCUGCUUCUGGACCCGGCAGUGAACUUUAUCAUAGAGAAACUAAAACGGGAACUGUGUGACACCAAGGCCAAACUGGAGGAGACUCAGAGCGAACUGUCGGCAUGGAAGUUCACCCCGGACAGCCAAACGGGCAAGCGUCUGAUGGCCAAGUGUCGGCUGCUGCACCAGGAGAACGAGGAGCUCGGCAAGGUGGUGGCCUCUGGCAAGCUGGCCAAGCUGGAGACGGACCUGGCGCUGCAGCGCAACCUCACCGAGGAGAUGAAAAAGGCCCAGUCAGAGAUGGACGAGCUCGUCCAAGAGCUGGACGAGGACAUGGAGGGCAUGCAGAGCACCAUCCUGCACCUGCAGCAGCAGCUGCGCGAGGCCAAGGCGCAGGCGGCGGCCGCGCCCAGCGCCAACGGUGUGUCCGCCCAGCCGGCCGACGACGCCAGCGCCAGCGCGCUCAACGGCCACGCCGAGCCCGAGGCGGAGCCGGACGGCGAGCAGCCGGAGCCGGAGCCGGAGCCGGUGAAGGAGCCGGCGGCUGAGCCGGAGCCCAGGACGGCAGUGACGGCGGGCGGCUCGCCGCCGGAGCCGGCGCCGCCGCCCGACAAACCGGAGCCGCCGGCGGCCGCCGAGCCGGAGCCCGCCGACCGGACGAGCCCAGAGCCGACCGGGCGGCGCCGCCGGCGGCGGGCCGAGCAGCCCGAGACGGGCGCCAGCCCCGAGCCGGGCAGGACUAAGCGGCGCGCCGCCGCCGCCGCCGAGGACUCGCCCGGCCGGCGCGCCAAGCGGACUCGCUCCUCGGAUGAUGGCGGCGCGCCGGCGGCGUCGGCCGACUAGCGGCGCCAGUGUCCCCCCCCCCCUCCCCCGAGCGGCGAGGGCGCCGCCACUACACCGCUCCCCAUGCCCGCGACGCAUCAUCGUAUUAUCUUACGUUUUCUAUGAGCCGUGUUAUAUUUGUGAUGUUAAGUUCAGUCUGUCUGCUCGGAAAGCAAUUUCUAACGGUCAUCCGCGCGCGCAUGUCCAUUUUAUCCCGUCCCGGGCCUGUGCUAUUCCACGUCAGAUCGUGGAAGUGAUCGUGGUUUUAACGGAUGACCAUGUUAUGUGUACAAACUCGAAUACAUAAGUAUUGUGAU